AUGGCUGAAGCAACUCAUGAUGAUUGUUCACUUUUGGAAAAACCUUCUGUUGAAAUCGAUCCACUUGCUGUUAAUGACGUUCCAUCGGAUAAAGCCGCAAAUGGAGAUGGAGACAGCCAAAUUAUUGCAACCUGUUGUUUAUCUAAACGAGGAAAGCAAGUUUGGGUCUUUAGCAAAUGUGCUGCUCCAGCAUAUGCUCGUGCCAUCGAACAUGAUUGUGUUAAAAAUCGCGGUGUGAAAAGAACUGUCGACAAAAUCGUGGAAGCAGGCAUUAUUCCUAAUGAUCAAAGUGAAGGAACUAAAUUACUACGAUAUUAUAUGAAUCUAGCAAGAGAAACGAACAAUCCUGUACAUUUAUUAAAAGCUUACACACUGGAGUCAUCAUUUUACAGACAUAUCAACGAUUAUAUGUCGGAAGGUGAUGAUAACGAAGUUUUUAAGAAAUUGUGCGGUGGAUGGAGUGGCUAUUACACAGGAGCUUUGAUGAGACAUCCUGCCUUGAGUUCCUAUCGAUGGCGUGGAUCAGUAUUUCGAGGUUUUGUCAUAGAUAAGGAAGAUUUCGAUAAAAGUUAUAAAAUGAAUUAUCUUAUAUCGAACAAAGCAUUCCAGUCAACAUCGAAGUUGGCAGCUGUGGCCAGACGUUUUGCCUACCAUCGCGAGUCAAUAAACAUAGGAGACAUUCGCGUGAUGAUCAGUUAUAAUAUCUUGGAUAACCGAGCGGCGCUUGACAUCGAAAAUAUUUCACGGUAUCCAGCUGAAAAAGAAGUUCUCAUGAUGCCUGGUUGUUUAUUUAAAAUCUCGAGUCUAGUGCUAGGUAAAUCGAAGAAUGACUUAACUGUAGUGACGGUUGACCAAUUGCUAACGAUGAAUGCUUGA